UCUCAACCGUCUUCUAGAAGGGAAAAAUAUUUACUCCAAAACAACUUACUACAGAGCCGUCGGAUUUCGUUGCUUCGAGUCUCACCGUUCGUCCAAUCUCUGUUUAGGUCCGACUGCCCGCGGUUCUUUUGAAAACAAGACAAACGCGCGUAUCAGAAACCUUGGGGCGAGUUGAACUAGCCCCGAGCAAUUCAAUUCAACGGUAGCUGAAUUUUUGUUGUUGUGAAAGGCAAAGUUUAUCUUGAAGUGGAACGCAGCAGAGUUGCGUGUCUUCGUUGACUCGCAAUUUCAGCUUUAAAACUUCGAAAUAAAACAAACAAUCUCUGUAUUUAUCAGAAUUGAUUUUGCCGAUCCUGAAUAAGCUCAAAAUAAGAAGGCUGGGCCAUAGACCUUCUAAAGGCAUAAAGCAUAUUUACAAUGCAGGCUUUCAACUUGAACAAUUUUAGCGUCACGGCAUAUGAAAAUUAAUCAAUUAACAGUUUGAACUUUUUGUUUUUUGACAAUUUUUCAAUUGCCAUGAUAUGCAAUGCAAAGGAUAUCGUCUACUUUACGGGUUGGCCAUAUUCAAGUUGUCUAUGUUUUUAUGGACACCCCCCACGAACUCCCCUUUUUGUGAAAAGAGAAACGGUUCAGCGGACUUAAAUGAAUAAAGUCGAGCAUACCAACAUUUCACAAAGUUUAUUACUUUGCUUGUUACAAAUCAUACAUAAUCAAUGGUGGCACUUGUUUUUUUUUCAAUCAAAACUUUCAAAAUGAUGACAGCCUUGUUGAUUAGAGGUAAAGAAAUGGAAAGAGAAAUAAGGCAAUGCUGCUAGUAAAAGAACCAUUUUAGCUUGCUAAAAUAGGACUUGAUCAGUUCUCUCUCUUUUCAGGGUCAGCGAAACUAGCAACAUGCCCCCUCACUCUUGUAUUUAGAGCAAUAUAUAAAAAAAAAUAAAAUGAAAUGAAGUACUAUUCUGUACGUCAUUGUGCUUUGUUGUCCCUCAAAUAUACCCUUAGCUAUAAAUUUUGUUUCUAUACUUGUGCCAUUAAAUAUGAGAUUUUGGUGAAAGAAGCGGAUUUGUAAUAUGAAAAAUUGUUAGCACAUUUAGCUCAAAUCCUUGAAGAGAAUUAAAAGAAAUGAUGACAUUCAACGAGCGACUAAUCACCUUUUUUCUGUUAUCAUAUUUGCAGAUCUUUCCAGGCUAAACUUUAUUUUGCAGCUAUUACAAUAAUGCAACCCUCGGUUCUCCGCGAAUGCACAUCACAGUCUUUCUCAAGUACUAUCUUGCUGAAACAUAUAGCGAGGCCAGGAGCAAUAAGUUACAAGCACUGCCUGUCCUACAUAAAUCUAAAUAACAACAAAAUAUUGACGAGAGCUUUCUCAAGCCUCUUGAACAGAGCAGUUAGCAUCCUUAAGCCCCGCAGAGAUCCAAGACAAGUUUGGAAGAUGAACUUCGGAUACUCUUUCACUUUAGCAGUAGCUGCCUGAUGAUUUCCUAAGGUCAGGAUAUUGGUCUUGCAACAUGCUUUGAAUUGCUAUCUCAUCCGAUUUGCUUUCACUGCCAACUGUUUCAAAGAGUUUGUCAUGGUGUGCCAUUACGAUUUAUAAAAUUCAACUUCUCUCAACCUCUUGGUCUGAUCUGAAAUCUUGACACGCUGAAGCCUUUCUUUGGCGCGCAAAAUCCAAGUCUAGUGCGCUUGCGCCGACUGAACAUUGUUGUAUGGGGUGUUAAAACGCUCUCAACAUCUCUCAACAACACCUUUAACAAUAGAAAUGUUGAGUCGACCCGCUGAAUAUUUUUGAAUCUGUUCAAACUCCACUCAACAUCGCUGAACACCGCUCAACACCACUCAACAUCACUGAACAGGGUGUUAAAACGCUCUCAACAUUUGCACUCUACAAAUGUUGAGCGAUGUUCAGUGAAAUGUUGAAAGCGUUUUAACGGGGCUUUAAAUCGUAAGAGCCUGGACAUCUUACAUACCGCUAUGUAUCUACGUGUAUCUGCCCGUGCUUCUAUGUAUCUAUCUAAAUCUAACUUGCCAACUCAUAUAUGUACGUUAAUCUACAUCCCGUUGUUGCUUUAGGGGCUAUUUAUUGCAAUGACUUUUCGAUUACCUCGAUCACUUUUCUUGCAUUAUCAAUAUCUUCAAAUUGUCCUUUGAGUAAUAAACUAAGCAGAGAUAAAAUGCCUCUUUACUGGCUACUUUCAAAAAUUUGCUGAAACUAUCUUUGAAAAAUCAAAGGGUGUGAGAGUUCUUGUACAGCAUCAAACAUUUUUUUUUCUUUUUCAUUUUUACCUUACCAGAAUAACUUGUAUGUUAAUUAGAUUAGGUUUUUAGACAGGGCACAUUGUAAAUCAGUUAUUAUAUUUUCAUUACUGAAUGUAUUACCCUGUAUAAAUAAUUAAAAAUCAAAUCAAAUCAGUAUAAACUGACAUGAUGACGUAGAAAACCUUGAUGAAGAACAGCUGAAUGAAGAAUUCAUGAUCAUUGAAAAUGAUUCGGAUCUUAAAGGUCAUAUAAAACGAAAUUUUUUAUUGGCCAUUUUACGCAAUUUGAUGGCGCUGAUUGCGAAAAUCUUGGUUAAAUUUUUGAAAGAUACCAGUAAGACACCAAAAUUUCAACUUUAAAACUCAAUUUUGGAGACCAAAAGUGAUACCGGGGUCUGGGACGAGAAGACAGGAAGUGACUUAACAGGUUUGACAUGUUCUUGGCCUUGAAGCCGCAGUAAACAUAAACAUUAAGCAACUGCAGAGGAGACGUAUGGUAAUGUUGAUUUGGAUCAGUCUUCGAAUAAAUUAAAUGAGUUAAGGCCGUUUUCCACUAGGCGAAUUUAUUCGCGCGAAGCGACUUUUUUCGAGCAUACGCAUGCGUAUUUAAAUUUUCGCGCAGGAGCUCAUUCGCGUUGACUGUUCGCAGCAGCGAAAAAGUGAGUUCGAAUGGAUUCAACUUUUUCGCGGCGAAGAAAGGCGCAAGCCAAUUAAAUUGCUGGAAGCCUGUCAUGUGACAUCCAUGACCAAAAGUCGCGCCAAGCCAAAACAACAGCAGCAGAAAGAAAACAUGGCUGCAAUGACACUGAAUCUCUUACAACAAAUGAUGGCAAAUGGAGACAUAACUGUGGCUGACCUUGCCAGUUUAGCAAAUACCAACAGUCAACAGGAACUCUACAACCACGAAGACAAUGCUGCCACGCCAGGCUCCGUUGAUGAGACAGGUUUUGAGGAGACAGAGACGAUCGUCUCUGUUGUCACCACCACCCCCGAGAACAACCUACAAGGCCUAGACCAGUACAAUGGCGAAGAACUACUUGCAGCUGAAUUCGACAAAGAAGUAUUUUUGGAAGAAGUCCGCAAGUACAGAGGUUUGUGGGAUAUUGCUUCCGAAGGAUACAAAAUUAGGCCCAUGAAGCAAAACGCAUGGUCAAAAAUAGGCCAGUUAUUCAACAAGGACGUGGAAUUUCUUCAGAGGCAUCUAAAAAAUCUAAAGGACAACCUAAAAAAAUGUUUGGACAAGAGGAACCGGAUGACUAGGUCUGGUGCUGCUGCAAGUUCAUUGCCUAAAUGCAAGUACUUUGAACAAAUGAGAUUUCUGCAUGAAAAAAACAGCAAACAGGCCCACAGAAAGCAACAUUAUUCAAGCUGAAACAGCUUUGCAGUCUGAAGAUGUUUUGGACGGCCCAUUAGCCCCUCAGAUAUCAGUAAGGCCAGUUGUUCUGAGUGGUACAAAAAGGAAGGCAAGUGACACACCAUCCUCUUGUGGUAGUCAAGGGUAUAAGAAUCGUCAAGAAAGAUUUGAUAAUGCAAUCCCGAAAGAAUUGG